AUCAAGAUUUGUUUCAGCCGUUGCCGAUGUAUUAGCACAACAGGAUCAAUGUAGAAUGCAACAUAAGGGCCACUCAGGAAUCAAUCAACUAGGCGGCGUCUACGUGAACGGGCGUCCAUUGCCUGAUUCGACCCGCCAAAAAAUAGUCGAGCUAGCGCAUAGUGGUGCUCGACCUUGUGACAUAUCCCGUAUAUUACAGGUGUCCAACGGUUGUGUAUCCAAAAUUCUAGGUCGAUAUUACGAGACUGGCUCAAUACGUCCGAGAGCAAUUGGUGGCAGUAAGCCACGAGUUGCAACUUCGGACGUUGUGGCCAAGAUCGCUCAAUAUAAAAGAGAAUGUCCAUCGAUAUUUGCAUGGGAAAUUCGUGAUAGGUUACUUUCGGAAGGAGCCUGUAACAAUGACAAUGUACCAUCGGUCUCUUCAAUCAAUCGUGUAUUACGUAAUUUAGCUGCACAGAAAGAACAGAACAAUCAUCAUCAUCAUCAUCAUCAUCAUCAUCCACAUGCACAAACAGCUGAUGUUGUAUAUGAUAAACUUCGUAUUCUCAAUGGACAGAAUUGGCCAAGACCAACACCAUGGUAUCCUGGUAGUGCUACAUUUGGUAGUAUUACAUCAGCUGCACAUUGUAUGCCAUCAGUACCAACGCCGGCUGCUGUAACCAAUAAUAAUAAUAAUAAUAAUAAUAAUACUAAUACAACCAAUACCAAUACAACAUCAUCGGCCGCAUCAAUAGAAAAUGGAAAUUCUGUAAAAAAAGAUAUUGAUUCCAGUACAGAGGAUUCAUCACAACAUGAUGGUUCGGAUGUAGAUUCAGCUGCACGUUUACGUUUAAAACGAAAAUUACAACGAAAUCGUACAUCAUUUACGCCCGAACAAAUUGAAGCACUCGAAAAAGAAUUCGAACGUACACAUUAUCCGGAUGUAUUUGCUCGUGAAAGACUAGCAGCGAAAAUUGAAUUGCCCGAAGCCAGAAUACAGGUAUGGUUCAGCAAUCGACGGGCCAAAUGGAGGCGGGAAGAGAAGCUACGUAAUAAUCGUCAUACACGAUCAUCAUCAUCGACAUCAUCGACAACAAACAACAAUAUUGAUAUGACAUCAACGACAACAACAACAACAAACAUUUCUCAAAGUGCCCAACAACAACAACAACAACAACAGACAACAGCCGUUGCAACAACAGCGGCAGCAGCACAGCAGCCACUGCAUUCGAUACCAUUAUCAACAUCCGGUCCACAACAACCACAACAUGGACCGCCGCCACCCAUAUCGGCACCAUCAUCAGUAACAACACCAUCACAUCAUUCUCAUAAUCAUAAUUCACAAUCAGGAAUGGCAUCCCCGGAUAGUAUCAUUCAUAAUAGUCUGACUGAUUUGAAUAAUACAAAUGGAACAAACGCUACGACACCUUCUCCUGCUCAUGCAGCGACGGCUGCUGCUGCGGCGGCCGCUGCAGCUGCCGCAAGUGCUGCCGCUGUUGUUGCAUCAAGCCAAACAUCACGAAUACCAAUCAGUACCAGUUUUGCUAAUCAUUCACUUUAUCCGACCAUACCACAGCCGAUGCCAUCGAUGACCGAUACAUAUGGAUCUAUGGGAAUGUCAUCGUAUACAAUGUCGAACAAUAUGGCCAAUGCGAAUCAAUGUUUACAACAGCAAGCAGCCGCCUAUUCAUUCAUGCAUCAUCCAUCAACACAUAGUAGUCAUAGCGCCAGAAAUCCUUAUGAUACGAUCGGUUUAAGCUAUUCAAGACAUUCGGGUUGUCCAUCAGCUGCCGCAGCACAAAUGCAUGCAAUGCAAUCAGUGAAUGGUCAAUUUAAUCAUGUUAAUAAUUCAACAGCCGGAGGAUCGACAGGUAAGCUUCAUAGCCACCAUAGGACACCUUCAUCAUUGGAGCUUAGUCAUCAUGCAAAUCUCAACUCGUAUUUUCAUCCGAACAGGAUUGAUAUCACCGGGAGUUUCUGUACCAGUCCAAGUGCCUGGACAGACUACAAAUAAUUUAUCUAAUGCGAUGACUGUUGCAGCCAAUAAUUAUUGGUCUCAUUGCAUCUAAUAAUUGAGAGAGAAAAAACAAAUAGAAAAAAAAAUCAACAAAUUCAAUCAAUCAUUUCAAAUAUCGACACACACACCACCCAAACAAAUGAUGACAAAGUCAUUAUAAUUUGGGACUUUUUUCCCUUCCUCACCCACACACACCCACACCAACACAACAACACAAUACAAAAAAAAU